UGCAAAGCUUGGAUUUUUCUGAGGAAACCUCCAUUGGCGAUACUCGCUGUAGCCAUGACGCUCAUUGGCCUCUCAUGGCUCCAAACCACUCCGGCCAGACCGCCGUCGGUGGCGACGGUGGCCUCCGAUAGGCCCAUGGUGGAAGAAGCCAAGCAGAGCUCUUGUUCGGGCUUCUAUCGUCCUGGCUCGCAAAGGAGGGUUGUUUCCUCCAUUAGAGAGUUUGGUGGAGUGGGAGAUGGUGAAACUUUGAAUACCUUGGCUUUCAGAAGAGCUGUGGAGGAGUUGGGGAGGUUUGGAGACAAGGGUGGGUCUCAGCUCAAUGUUCCUCCGGGGAGGUGGCUAACAGGGAGCUUCAAUCUCACCAGCAAUUUCACCCUUUUCUUGGAGGAAGGGGCUGUGAUUUUGGGCUCACAGAAUCCAGAGGAGUGGCCAUUGAUAGAGCCAUUGCCAUCUUAUGGAAGAGGGAGGGAGAGGCCAGGAGGUCGCCACAUUAGUCUCGUCCAUGGAGAUGGACUCAAUGAUGUAGUUAUCACAGGACAUAAUGGAAGCAUUGAUGGUCAAGGGAGGAUUUGGUGGGAGUUAUGGUGGAACAAAACUCUAAACCAUACAAGGGGUCAUCUUCUUGAGUUGGUGAACUCAAAUAACAUUCUUAUCUCCAACAUUACCUUCCUUAACUCUCCAUUUUGGACAAUCCAUCCUGUUUACUGCAGCAAUGUCGUUGUAAAGAAUGUCACAGUUCUGGCUCCUCUUAACUCUCCAAACACCGACGGCAUUGAUCCAGAUUCUUGCUUAAAUGUAUGCAUUGAAGACUGCUAUAUAGAAAGUGGCGAUGACUUGGUAGCUUUGAAGAGUGGAUGGGAUCAGCAUGGCAUUAGGAUGCAUCGUCCGAGCUCAAACAUCAUAAUCAGGAGAGUCUCUGGCACAACUCCAACUUGCUCAGGAGUCGGCAUUGGAAGCGAGAUGUCCGGCGGGAUAUCAAAUGUCUUAGUCGAAGACUUGAAUGUCUGGAAUUCUUCGGCUGCAGUGAGGAUUAAGACUGAUCGCGGUAGAGGAGGAUACAUCACCAACAUAACCAUUACUAACGUCACAAUGAAGAUGAUAAAGAUACCGAUAAGAUUCAGCAGGGGUUCUGAUGACCACCCCGACGAUAACUGGGAUAGGAAAGCCUUGCCAAGAAUCAAUGGUAUCUUCAUCAGCAAUAUUGUAGGUGUAGGUAUAAUGAAAGCACCGGUUCUUGAAGGCAUGGAGGGGACAAUCUUCGACAGAAUAUGUUUGAAGAAUGUAAGCUUAGAUUGUCAAGGGAAUCGAGCCAAAUGGCAAUGUGAGUUUGUUGCCGGAAAAUCUGACAAUGUAUUUCCAUCACCUUGUGAUCAACUCCGAAGCAAUGUAUCUUCUUUGUGUCUCAAUUCAUAGUACAAAAUAGAACAGAGCAUUGAGAUGAUGUUACCUUUGUAAACCACAAUUUUUGCUUAGAAAUGAAUGAAAU